AUGCCACCCCUCCAAGGAGCCACGCCCGGGAACGGCGGCUGGCCGGGCUCGGUCUGUGGGACCUUCCAGUUCCGCAAGCGAAAGCAAAGCCCCAGAGGAGGACUUCUCUGCACGUGUGAAACGGCAACGCGGCGCCAGAUCAGCCCAGCCCAGCCCAGCCCAGCCGCCCUUGACCUGUUCCCUCCCCGCCCCGGGCCAGGCGCGGGCGGGAGCCGGCGGCGGCGCUGGGGAAGGGAGGAAGGCGCCGGGGGAAGAGGGGGUGGGGGAGGGCUGGCCCGGCCCCUGGGUGCCGAGGGCGGGAGGGCCGGCGGCCGAGCGUCCAGGCGCUGUCUUCGGGGCGUGUGCAGAGUGCCGGGGCCGGACACGGCUUCAGUGAUUUCUGCCGCCCGCCGGAGACCUGGGCAGGGAAGAACCGGCUUGCGCCGGGCAGGAGUCGAACCCGGCCUCCUCCGGGCCCGGGCUUCCCCCCCCCCCACGCCGCCUUCAAGGGCUGCAAAGGCCCGGAGCUGCUGGGUGCGCGCGCAGCCCGGGCCGGGGUCCGAACGGGCCCCGUGGGACUCGACGGUCGAUCCGGGGGCCGGAGGAACAGAAGCCCCCCCCCCCGGAGCCUCGGCGGGGUUGGGGGGCGCUUGGCCGUGCCGGGCCUCCGCGGGCCCCGUUUGGGGGAAGAAUGCGCCUCGCCCCGCCCCGCCGGCAGCUCGCUCGCGGGCCCGGGGCGCCCGUCCCUUCCGCCGGCCCUCCGCCCUGGGUGGGGCGGCGGCGGCGACAGCCCUUCCCGAGGAGGCGGCGCCCGGGUGCCGCUUGCCGGGGCGUUUCCGAAAGGCCGCCGCCAGCUUCGGCCGGGGCCCCCGUCGGGUGCAGCAGGCGCGGGAGGGCCGGGCGGGCGCAGCGGAGCUCUCCUCGCGGAGCCUGCAGGGCGGGCGGCGGGGCUGGGGCCGGGGGGCUGCCGCCGGUCGCCCGGACUGGACGUGUCCUUCUGGCGCAGGGGGCGCCGCCAUGAGCGCCAAGUUCCCGGGCUGCUGCCCGCGGCGGAGGCGGGGGAAAGGGGGCGGCGAGCAGAGGCGCCAGGAGCCCCCCCGAGAAGGCUGCUCGGCGGGGAGCGGAGCGCCGUCGCCCGGGGCUGGAGCCGCCCCCGCCGGGAGCAGCGAGGCGCCCUCUCCGCCCGGAGGCGCCUACUUCAGCGGCAAGGCUCGGCUCUCCUUCCGCCACCGGCUGGACUCCGAGAUAGAAUCUACCCGCUGAUGCCCUCCCGACGGGCAGAGGGGCUGGCGCUGCCGCUUCCUCAUUGCCAGACGGCCGGCGACCUCCCCUGCACCCCCCACCCUGGAAGCCCAUCUGGAGAAGGCGAGAGGUUCGGGCCCACCGCGUUGGUCCACAGCCCAAGAAGGGGGUCGGGGCUGGGAGCAGCCCGAAGACCAACGAGCUUUCCGGAGCCUCAGCUUGGGAAGUGAACCUGCAGCCAGGCGGGAGGGUCUCAGGCAGGGGUGGGAGGCAUCCCAGUACUGUAGCGAAAUUGAGUGUUAGGGUGGGGAAAGCAAAAAAUCAGGAUCUGUAGUGCGAGAAGAAUCCAAGGCCCCCUUAAGCGGGGGGGGGGCAUUGUUCCAGAUGUGCAAAUAAACUCCAUUUCUGCAGUUGCCAGCGCCUUCCUUUCACCUGCUGGCAGCAGAGGCCCCAGGUGUUGGAGAGGGGCCCUGCCAGGCAAGCAAGGGUGCCUGCUCUGGGAGGGGGCCUUCUGUGGAAAGCCCCAUGAGCGGACAGGACAGUGCAGGAACACAGAAAGAGAGCAAGUGCCAGCCAAAAAGUAUGCAGGGAAACAUUUGCCUUGCAAAUACUUUUUUCUUCUGCAGAGGAAGCCCCCUCUCCCUCAGGCAAAGGAACCACCCUGGGUGGGGCUGUGUGCAGGCUGGGUGUGCCCUCUCCCCCCAAUCACAGCUUGGAGGCAAGCACAAGAGAGAGGCCCCUCUCCCCAGGGCAGCUGGAAGAGAGGUGGCAAGGCAAAAAGAGGAUUCGGGGUUCUUCUCCUUUUCUAGGCUUGCCAAAUAAGGUACCGCAAUUGAGGGAAAGCAGAACACAGCAAACCCUGAGGCCAUACGCUCUUCCCGAGGACAGCAGGCAGCCUGGGCUGC